CUCCUAUUAUUUCUAUUUAACUAUUUCCAUUCCAUCUCUCCAACACAAUUAAACAAGAAAAAGAGUAAGAUAUGGGCGAAGAGAAGAAAGAGGAUGUGUCGGCGGAGAAGAAGAAAGAAGAAGUAAAAGAAGAGAAAACAGAAGAGGAAAAUAAGAAAGAUGGUGAAGAAGAUGAAGAGGAAGUUAAAGAGAUUGUGCUAAAAGUGGACAUGCAUUGCGAGGCCUGCGCCCGCAAAGUUGCACGAGCACUAAAAGGCUUUCAAGGAGUGGAGGAAGUAAGGGCAGAUUACAAGGCGAGCAAAGUGGUGGUGAAAGUGAAAGGGAAGGAUGCAGACCCUCUAAAGGUGUGCCAAAGGAUUGAAAAGAAAAGUGGUCGAAAAGUGAAAAUCAUUUCCCCGCUCCCAAACAAGGAACAAGAAGACGAUAAUAUGCAGCAGCAACACAGCAGCAAUGAUCCUCAACCAAGCAAACAACAGCCUCCCCCUGUCAUAACGGUGGUGUUAAAAGUCCGAAUGCAUUGCGAAGCAUGUGCUCAAGUACUGCAGAAGAGAAUUGGGAAAGUUCAUGGUGUAGAAUCAGUGACGACAGAGAUUGCAAAUGAUCGUGUAAUUGUGAAAGGCGUAUUGGAUCCAGAAAAGCUAGUGAACGACGUGUACAAGCGAACCGGCAAGCAUGCAUCAAUAGUAAAAGAAGAAGAGAAGAAGGAAGAGGAAAAAGAGGAGCAGAAACAAGAUGAUAAGAAAGAGGCAGAAGAGAGGAAGGAAGAUGAAGAUGAUGAGAAAACUGAGAUCAAGAAAAUGGAGCAUUGGCCCUCAAACUACUACCACUUGGAGCAUGCUUAUGCCCCUCAGUUCUUCAGCGAUGAGAAUCCACACGCCUGCAUUGUUAUGUAACCAAAUAAUUAUUUUAAUUCUCUAUGUUUCAUAUGUCAAUAACGGUGAUUGAGUGAGGGAUUUAUAUGCCUGAUCACUGGCAAUAUUCAGUUAUUAAUUUUCCUGUGCACAGGAAAUAGAUAGUCCCUAUUAUUAUGUAAAUAGUUGUUUGAAAUGUGGUUGUAAUCCAUUUUAGGCUUCUAUGAUCAAAUAAAUUAUUGCGAGUUUUUAAUUAA